GCUCUAACAUUACAUAUACAUUUAUUUUUAGUUAAAAUGUCACAAUCAUUUGACACAAUUGAUGCAUUUGGAAAAGAUACUACCCAUGUUAGCUUUGUUUGUCAGCGAUGUUAUCAACCACUAAAGCUUGACAACUCAUUGUACUCACUUGACAAUGAUACACAGCAAGAAUUGGAGUCACCGUUUCUGACGGCAUACUCCCAAUCAAACGAAAUGUCUGAGAAAAAUGUAAAUACUGUAACAGAUUUAAAAUCACUUAGUUCAGCUGAUGUUGUAACUAAAAUUGUUUUGCCUGCAAAAUUAGCGUCUAAUGAAGGAAGUGAUUUUACGCUUCUAGGCGAAACUUCAAGUGGAAACAAAACAGAUAAUUUGAGUCACAGGUUGAAGGUUUCCACUCAGUUGUUUGACAUUAUGUCAGGCAAUGCUGACAUUGACCAUCCAUUAUGUGAAGAUUGUACAGAUAAUCUCUUAGACCAACUUGAUGACCAGUUGUGCAUUACUGAAAAAGAAUUGGAGAGCUACAAGGACUUAUUGCUGCAGUUAGAAUCAAAGAACGUCAUGGAGGAUACACAGUUGGAUGCAGAUUUGGAUAAACUUAAACUUGAAGAAAAGGCGCUGUUAGAGGAGCUUGCGAUGAUUGAAAUUGAACAUAAAAAGACUGUCGAAAAGAAAGAGGAAUUAGAAAAAGAAAACGAAGACCUGGGUAAAGAGGAAGAAAAGUAUUGGAGAGAAUAUUGUGAGCAUCACAAAAGCUUGCUUGAUUUUGAGGAUGAGCAAACAAGUGUUUUAAAUCAACUUCAGUAUGCGCAAAGUCAGCUUGAUAAAUUGAGAAAGACUAACGUAUUUAAUAGCACUUUUCAUAUCUGGCACAAGGGUCAUUUUGGAACAAUAAAUAACUUUCGGUUGGGGAGAUUACCAAGUGUGCCUGUGGAGUGGACAGAAAUCAAUGCUGCAUGGGGUCAAACAGUUUUACUUCUGCACUCUUUAGCUAAAAAAAUUGGUCUAACUUUCCAGCGUUAUCGGCUAGUUCCUUAUGGAAAUCAUUCUUUUAUUGAAUGUUUAGAUGAUAAAUCGAGAGAACUUCCUCUCUACGGAACUGGUGGUUUCCGGUUCUUUUGGGACACUAAGUUUGAUCAUGCAAUGGUGGCGUUUUUGGAUUGUUUACAGCAAUUCAAAGAAGAAGUUGAAACUGGUGAUUCAAAGUUUUACUUGCCUUACAGAAUGGAAAAAGGGAAAAUAUAUGAUUCUGCUAGAGCUGGUGCAUAUUCUGUAAAAAUUCAAUUUAAUUCCGAAGAACAUUGGACGAAAGCGUUGAAGUUUAUGCUCACAAAUUUGAAAUGGGGUUUAGCCUGGGUUUCAUCACAAUUUGCUGAAAAAAACUCAAAAUAGCAUUAUGAUUCUUCUGUUUAUACAAUUUUUGAUUUACACAUUUUUUAAGUUUAGGACUUGUACCAAUGUUUUAAAAAAUCUACAUUAAUAGAAUAGAUAUAUCACAACAUAAUUCUCAUAUUCCUGGUUACUGAUAUGUACGUUUUUAAAACUUUUUAUUUAAUUUUUUUGUGGAAAAUUUGCAAUGAAACAAAUGUGAAAUGAAACUUUUAAUCUUUUAAAAUAUUGUGUUAUGGCAUUAGAAUUUCAGAGAUUGAAGUGUUGUUAUUUUUAGUUUUUCAAGCUUUGCAUUCACUUUGUGUUCAACUUUUCUCUGAUAAAUAUUAUUAUGGAUUAUUUGGAUUAUUUUUAUGGUGAUUUGAUUUUUGGAAAAUGUAUUCAAAGACAAAAGGGAAUUUUAUAAUAAAGUUUGUAUUUUUUUCUUUAAGCUUUAAAGUUUUAAAAUCUUAUAACCUAUAGUAACCAGUUCUUUAAAAACCGUAUAUUUGUGGAAAUUCAUUUCAAAAUAAGAAUGAUAAACUGCAAAUUUUAUUGACAAUAAAGUAUAAAUACACACACACAAUGUGGUUUUAUUUUUAUCACAAACGAACCCACAGGGAAAUCAUUACUUUGAAAAGAUACUUUAAUGCAACACAUUGUGUACAAACUUUUAAGUAAGUGACACAUUCAAGGUAA